AUGGCGGGCCACAUCAGACAACAUAUUGACGUUGCGUCAUUGGAGAGGUAUAUAUCCCAGCAUGUGGGGAUCCAAACGCCCAUCUCAGUUACUCAGUUUGGAUUUGGCCAGUCAAAUCCGACCUAUUUAAUAAAAGACAGAACUGGAAAGAAGGUCGUCAUGCGUAAAAAGCCACCAGGCCAGUUGAUGUCGAAAAGUGCUCAUAAGAUCGAGCGCGAGUACCGAGUUCUUCUGGCUUUGCAAGGAACGGAUAUUGCAGUGCCUCGAGUAUACUGUUUAUGCGAAGAUUCAACAGUUCUUGGGACAUCAUUCUAUGUUAUGGAAUUCUUGGACGGUCGGAUAUUUGAAGACCCCAGCUUUCCGGGUGUACCCCCGCAAGAGCGAAAUGAAAUGUGGUGCGAAGCGAUCACCACGUUGGCAAAGCUCCAUACGGUCAACAUUGACGCAGUGGGCUUAGGUAGCUACGGGCGCCGGUCUGGCUUCUACAAUCGGCAAAUCAAAACCUGGAAAGAGACCGAACAUGCUCAAAGCACCGUGGUAGAUGUGGAUACUAAGAUCCCGGUUGGAAGAGUGCCAGGGGUAGGACAAAUGAUCGAAUUCUUCUCGCAGGGACAAGGCCCCCAAGACCGUGCUUGUCUCAUUCAUGGCGACUACAAAAUUGAUAAUCUCGUCUACCAUAAGACUGAGCCAAGGGUCAUUGGUAUUCUAGACUGGGAAAUGAGUACUAUCGGCCACCCACUCUCCGACAUUGCCAAUAUUCUGCAGCCAUGGACGAUUCUAGCAAUGUCAUCUAGUGCAGCGCAUCAGCUAUUACUUCCAUUCCAGAUGACAGCUGGAAUUGUGGGCUUGCCAUCGAUACCAGAUUGCCUUGAGUGGUAUGCUAACGUAGCCGGAUGGGACCCACAGCCCGAGAUGAUCUGGGCAGAUGCAUUCUCGCUAUUCCGAAUGAGUGUUGUUCGUCAGGGUAUCACUGCACGGCAUGCCAGUAGACAGGCUAGUGGAAGUACAGCUGUUGAGAUUGGUCGAGGCAUGUCAGUUUGCGUCGCGUUGACUUUGAGACUGAUAAGCAAGAUGAGGGACAUGCGAACCAACGGUCGUGCGCGAUUGUGA